UUCUAACCUAAAAUUUUUUUUGACAGAAUCAAUAUGUUGACAAAUUUUAUUAUUGUUCUUUAUUAUUAUUUGGUUUUGUAAAUAUAUAUUUGUGCCAUUUUAUAGAAAAAGCAAUGCUACUAAAAGAUUAUAAAAAAUACAUUUAUUAUCUUAAAUCAAGUGGAAUUUGCGUCGUUUCUGCGGGUGGUUGUUGGAUUUUGUAUCAAUUGCAUCAGAUUUCAGAAAAAGUUCGUUCAUCUGUUGCAACUAAUGUUUUACAAUUAGAAAAUAUUCAUGUACAAUAUAUUUAUGUUGACGAUCCUCGACUUAAAGAAAUCUUUAUGUUUCGAGAAAAGGAGGAUCUUAAUUCGUACGUGAAGGAAAAACCACAAAAUCUCACCAAUAUAAUAAUGAAAUGGUGGAAAUCAUUGAAUCGUAGUUUAGCUUAUAGAUUAUUGUACAUGGCACGAAAUGGUUCAAAAAAAGAACGAGAUAAGGCUGUAUAUUCAUUGAGUAAUUUAAAACAUCUAAAAGAUUGGCAUUAUCGAGGUUUAGCACAAAUGCUCGAUGCAAGAACCGCUGUCUCUCUAGCAAGAAUGCCUAAUACAGAUUUGAGAUUUUUUUUACCUCCACCUUAUUUUCAUGAGAACCAUAAACUUUUUGACCUGAUAGAGAGAGCACAUAAAAUUCUUUUGAAACUUGAUAAUUUAUGUCACAGUUGUCAUCCAUGUUUAAAACAAUUUAUUAAUAGAAAAUUUAAAGAUUUUCAUCGCGAAGGUUUAAUAUUCGACCAUGAUUUAGUGAGUGUUGGUCUUGCCGUGCCACCAGCAAUAACAUGGGAUCAAGAAUUUCUUCAAAAUUGUGUACAAGCUAUUCAUCAUCAUUCCUCUCUUGAGCAACACAGCAAAGAUGUUGCUGAUGUUGGUGGUCUGGCUGUAUUGAUGAAUAUUCAAAAUAAAUUCAAAGAUAACUUUAAUAUGAAAAUAUUACUUGCAAAAAUAUUGUCGAAUUUGUCACUUCACUCUGACUAUUUGGAUGACAUUUUUCGAUCAGGAUGGAUAGGAAUAUUGGCAGCAUGGUCAAGAGAUGAGGAUAUUCGAUUGUCAGCACCGGCAGCAAGAGCAUUGGCAAAUUUAGAUUUAGAUGAUAAUAAAGGUGAAAUAUAUUCACAAAGAAUUUAUCCACUGCAUCCAUUGCACAGAAAUCGAACACAAAGAAAAAUGGAUGUAAUUUUUAUACAUGGACUUUUAGGUGGGGUUUUUGUCACAUGGAGACAACGAGAUUCACAAUUUUUAUCUGCGGAGAUUGUAGAUCCUUGUCCCGAGGAAUUUGAUUCAUUUUCCGAAAUGAUUGACGAAUAUCCACAGGAAUUUGUCAAAGACUUAGCUGAGGAUUUAAAAAUGCGUGAAUGGAAACGAAUUGGUCAUGAUUUUGAAGUUGUUCUUCACGAUUGUCCUGUAAAUGUUAAUUAUCAAGCCUGUGGUCCUUAUACUUGCAGAGGAGAUGAUAAAUGUAUGGAAAGCAAAGAAAAUCGUUGUAAAACGCAAUGUUGGCCAAAAGAUUGGCUUUCAAAAGAUGUUCCUUCAGUGCGUGUUAUUGGAAUUAAUUACGACACUAAUCUAUCGACUUGGACACCACUUUGUCCUAUUGAAGGAAUGAGGAGUACAAUUAAAGAAAGAAGCGAUGAAUUUAUCAGAAAAUUGGUUUUAGCCGGAGUUGGAAAACGACCCGUGGUUUGGAUUUGUCAUUCAAUGGGUGGAUUGUUGGCAAAAAAAAUGUUGGUCGAAGAAUGGAAAAAUGGGGACAAAAAUAAUAUUUGCAAAAUGUCGAAAGGUAUAAUUUUCUUUAGUACACCUCAUCAAGGUUCAAGUGUUGCUGCAUUGACACAAGCAACGGAAAUGCUUGUUUGGCCCUCGAUUGAAGUUAAAGAACUACGAGAACAAUCGCCAAAAUUGCUGAAAUUACACGCGAAUUUUCUUAAAAUGUUAGACAAUUUUCCAAUGGAUAUCGUUAGUUUCAGCGAAACAAAAUCUACACUCGUUACGGCAUUAAGAUUAAAAUUUAAAUUUGUCAAUCCAAAAUCAGCAGAUCCAGGUGUAGGUGAAUUUUUCGAAAUACCUCAGGAUCAUUUUUCCAUUUGCAAACCGGCAAAUAGACAAUCAUUUUUAUAUCAAAAAGUUCUCAAUAUUAUAAAAAGAAAUAUUGAAAAUUCACCACAAAAAUCAAAGUCAGUGAAAGAAUAUUUUUCAAUCUCAAAUAAAGUGUCGUAAAAGGGUUUUUUUUUUUAUUUAUAAAUAUUCUAUAUUAAGAAUGUAAAAUAUAUUUCAAAUAAAAAAAAAAGGAAAACGAAACAAAGAAUUAUCAACUUAUUCGA